UUUUACAUCGCCGAUAAUGCCUAUCCAUGUUUGAUUUUGCUACGUUCCCAAUGCAUUGAUCCUGUAGACUAUCAUGCAUUAUCCUGCAGCUUCUGUUGGUGGAUUUAUUUACUUAUUUUAUUCUCUCAUAUCCAGACUGAUGGCAGUGUUCCAAAUACUCUUGUGAUUGCAAACUGUGAGGUUGUUAAACCUAGGGUUGCUGCUGCAGAGCACAUAUCAGAGUUCAAUGAAGAAGCACGCUCUCCAUUUGUGAGGAAGUAUAAAACUAUUAUACAUCCUGGCGAGGUGAACAAAAUCAGAGAACUGCCUCAGAACAGUAAGAUAGUGGCUACACACACUGACAGUCCUGAUGUCCUCAUUUGGGAUGUUGACGCUCAACCCAAUCGUCAUGCAGCUCAUGCUGUCAUGGAAGCCACAGAGUCUCAUCCAGAUCUGAUAUUGACUGGGCAUAAAGACAAUGCUGAAUUUGCUCUUGCCAUGUGCCCUACUGAGCCCUUUGUACUCUCUGGAGGGAAAGACAAGUUGGUGGUGUUGUGGAGUAUUCAUGAUCAUAUCUCAACCUUGGCUGCCAAACCAGUGUCUUCAGAGUCUCCUGGAUCUUGUGGCUCCGAUGCAAAACACACCUCUAAGGUUGGUGCGAGUAAUGAUAAACCUAAUGAGAGGCCUUCUAUUGGGCCACGGAGUGUCUACCAAGGGCAUGAUGAUACUGUUGAAGAUGUUCAAUUCCACCCAUCAAGUGCACAGGAAUUCUGUAGCAUAGGAGAUGAUUCAUGUCUUAUACUGUGGGAUGCAAGAACUGGCUCUAGUCCAGUUGUUAAGGUUGAGAAAGCACAUAAUACUGAUCUUCAUUGUGUUGACUGGAAUGCUCAUGAUGUAAAUCUCAUUAUCACGGGAUCUGCUGAUAAUACUGUUCACAUGUUUGAUCGCCGAAACCUCACUUUUGGUGGGUUUGGAUCGCCUAUUCAUAAAUUUGAAGGUCACAGUGCUGCUGUCCUUUGUUUACAGUGGUCUCCUGACAAGUCUUCUGUCUUCGGAAGCUCUGCAGAGGAUGGGAUUCUGAAUAUAUGGGAUUAUGAGAAGGUUGGUAAAAAGCAAGAUUCUGUUGGGUUGAAAUUGCCAAAUGCUCCUCCAGGAUUGUUUUUCCGACAUGCUGGGCAUAGGGACAAGCUUGUUGACUUCCAUUGGAAUGCUUCUGAUCCGUGGACAAUUGUCAGUGUUUCUGAUGAUUCUGAAACUACUUCAGGAGGUGGUACUCUACAGCUAAGAAAAACAUUUCUCAAUUGA